CAUGUCGCAUGCCGUAUAUGCGCCGCUCUCGUCCUUGGACAAGGAGAGAGAUAGGGACGAAGCACCCGGAGAAGCAUCCAAGCCGAAGCCGCCCUCCCGCCAGAACUCGGCGACCUGGGACCCGGCGUCGCUCUACAGCGACCUCCAAGCAGCUGCGGCGCUCUCGUCCUCCCCGACCCCCACGCUCUUCCAACGCACAUCAGCGCGCCCGCCGCCCUCGUCGUUUACAUUUCCCUUCCAGGCAUACCCUGGCAACCCCGACCCCGGGCUCUCUAUACCCGGCGUCUCACGCAGGCGCGCGUCGUUCGACUCUGCGAAUGGCCAGGACGUGUCGGUGGGCUUUGUGUCGCAGACGGGUAGUAACACCAGCGCCAUGGGAGGGGAGGUGUACCACCCCCUCGCGCUCUCGUCCUCGCGCUCCGGGUCUCUCACCGACCUCCGUAAACCCGUCGCGCCUUUUAUGAAUGCGGGCGAUCGAGACUCGGCGUCGAGCACGGGCAGCCUCCCACGUUCAGCUUCGAGCAACUCGCUGUACAAGGCGAGCGCAGCUGCGAACAUGAUGCCCGCCGCCGUCUCUCCUGGUAUGCAGGAGCCAACUACACCAGUGACGAGUACGAUCCCAAGGAACGCAAGCACACACUCCUUCCGCGCGCCCUUCCUCGCACCGAGCAGCCGCCCAACCUCCUCUCUCUGGUCGCCUCCCUCAUACAACACCCAACUCGUCCUCAACUCCCCUUCCCUCCCCGCCACCCAUCCGUCCAACCAACCGCUCAUGUCGCCCAACGCCAGCACAACCGCCCUGCCCACCACUCCCAUGUUCCCCUCCUCCUACCCGCACCCCCACGCCCUGAAGACCGCCAAGCCCCUCCUCCCAUCCACCCGCCUCCCCGCGCCUCUUACCAAGUCGGACAAACCAUGGUUGGAAAAGACCGAACGCGGCGCGCGGGGGUCGUACGCCCUCACGCUCCUCUUUGUGUGUUUGGGCCUGGGGGCCGCCGGGAUGUUUUGUUGGAGGGGCGUGGAGGAUGUGAGAGGGCGGAUGUUGGAUGAAAGUAAUUUGUGUUUGGUGUUGGAUGAGCAGUUUACUGGAGGUGGUGGGGGUGCAGGUGGGUUGGAUGAAGGAGUUUGGACGAGAGAUGUAGAAUUGGGCGGGUUUGGCAAUGGGCAGUUCGAGAUGACGACGGCGAGCGAGGAGAAUUUGUAUGUGAGGGAUGGGGAGCUGUGGUUCGUGCCUACGUUGACGAGUGAUAGGGUCAACAAUAUCCUCGACGGCGGCUCCUACACCCUCCCCGGAUGUACCGGGACCGUCGCGCCCGUCGUCCACACAAACAGUACCAACUCCACCUCAUCCAACGGCGCCACCUCCUCCAACGGAGGCACCAACGCGUGCACGGCCUUCUCCAGCGCGGUGCGCGGGACGGCGAUCAACCCUGUCAUGAGCGCCAGGAUCAACACGAAGGGAAAGAAGAGCGUGAGGUUUGGGAGGGUGGAGGUUAGGGCUAAGUUGGCUAGGGGGGACUGGCUCUGGCCAGCCAUAUGGAUGCUCCCAGAAGACGACGCCUACGGGCCGUGGCCUGCCUCGGGCGUGAUCGAUAUAAUGGAGGCGAGGGGCAAUGGGAUCGAGUAUGGGGCGCAGGGGGCGAAUUAUGUGCGGAGCGGGCUGAGUUAUGGGCCGUUGCCUACUGUGGUUAAUCAGAUAUAUGGAUGGUGGUCCUCGAAACGAACCCCAUACUCCGACAAGUUCCACACGUACACGCUCGAGUGGGACCCCAAGUUCAUCAGGGUCUUCGUGGAUAGGAGAACGAGCGCGAUGCUCGAGGUGGAGAUUGGGAGGGGACGGAGGAGGAGUUUCUGGGAUAAGAACGAGAAAGCUGACGCGAAAAUAAAUAAACGAAUGACAGGCCGGCUUCCCGCUCACAGCGCCGAACGGCUCCUCCCAAGUCGUCGUCACCAACCCCUACUCUCCUCUUCCAACGGCGAUGGAGGAACGGACGCAGCGCCGUACGACCAGAAGUUCUACCUCGUCAUGAACCUCGCCGUCGGCGGGACGAGCGGGUGGUUCCCCGAUGGGGUGGGCGGGAAGCCGUGGUUUGAUGAGAGUCUCGCCGCGAUGAGGGAUUUCGCACGCGCACAGGACGAAUGGAGCAAGACGUGGCCGACGAACGUGGAGGAUAGGGCGUUUAGGGUGGAUUAUGUGAAGAUGUGGGAGCGGUGCUA